AUGGAAUCGGAUGUGAUCUCCCCUCAGAACUAUGAGACCACCCCGAUUAUCGUCCCCAACGACCGAGCGCUGGUGAUGGCCAAGUUGGCUUCGGAGGAUACGUCAUGGGUUGCGAAUGAUUUAAAUGAAUGGCGGAAUGUGAUCUACACGGUUGAUGAUUUGAGCGCUACGCGGCAUACCCCCAUCAAUAAGGGACGCGAAAGCCUGGCCUACCUCCAGUACAUCAUUGAACACUACCACGACCUCCCAUCGCUCAUCGUGUUCAUCCACAGCCAUAAAGACGGCUGGCCGGCUGCUUGGCACACCGAUAACAUGGAGUACAGCAACGUCGUGGCGAUCCGCAACCUUCAAGCCGACUUCGUUCAGCAAAAUGGCUACGCCAAUCUCCGAUGCCAGGAAACACCUGGCUGCCCUGAAGAGCUCAGGCCCUUACGGAACCCUCCGCGCCCCGGACAAACGACCGAGGCGGCCUACGCGCAGGCCUGGAAAGAGCUGUUCAACAACACCGAAGUUCCCGAAGUCAUUGGUGCGCCGUGCUGCUCGCAAUUCGCCGUGUCACGCGACCAGGUCUUGAAGCGUUCUUUCGAAGAAUAUAUGCAGUAUUAUAAUUGGGUUUUGACCAACGACUUGCCAGACGAUGUCACCUCGCGGGUGAUGGAGUAUUCUUGGCAUAUCAUUUUCGGGAAGGAUCCGGUGUACUGCCCCGAUUCAUUGCAGUGCUAUGCGGAUGUCUAUGGGAACCCAAGCCUUCUGCCAGAGCACUUGCGUACUGGGCGGUGUGUUCUGCCUGUACGCGGAGGCGCUCCUUGGUUUCUUCGAGGGUUUGGGGGUAGUCUAGGGGGUCAUAUUUGUCGGAGUGGAUACUAUCGACAUUGGCGUUAG